AUGACUAACGAUAUAACAACAUUUUCUAUACCAAUUGCUAGGAGUACUGUUGGUAGGUCAUCUAGAACUGCUUCAAAAUCAUUUGGAGGAGAUAUUAAAACUGAUAAUCUAGAUCCAGAUAAAAUAUUAACAUCUAUUUUUUAUGCUACUGAAGUUAUGAUUAUGUCCUUCAUUGGUGAAGAAAUAUCAAGUGAUAAUUGUUAUAUUACAAACUUAUCAACAAACAAAACAUCAUAUUGUGGUACAGAUGGUUUGUCUUAUUUUUAUUUUAAUGAAACUAUCCCUAAAACUUUAACAUCUCAGUUUAAUUUAGUAUGUAAAGAUUCUGUAUGGAUUCAACAUGGAACAUCAAUUUUCAUGAUAGGUUCAGCAAUAGCAACACCAAUAUUAACACAAUUAGGUGAUACUUAUGGAAGAAGAUUAACAUUUUUAAUACCAUUAUGGUUGGCUGUUCUUGCAAAUAUUGGUGUCUCAGCAUCAACAAAUUACUAUCUAUUUUUAUUUUUUCGUUUUAUUUCUGGUUUUGGAACAGGAUCAUAUAUACAAAUUGCACAAGUAUUAAUAAUAGAAUCUGUUGCAACAGAAUUUAGAGAUGUAUCACCAAUUCUUUCAAAUUUUACAUGGUUUUUUGGUUAUUCAAUGGUUGGUGUUCUUAGAUAUUUUAUUGAUUCAUGGCAAUGGUUAUAUUUUUUUUUAACUGCUCCUGGAAUAUUAACAUUUUCAUAUUAUUGGCUUAUACCAGAAAGUAUUCAUUGGCUUGUUCAAAAUAAUAAGACAAAAAAAGUAAAUAAAUAUAUUAAAAAAUCAUCAGAAUUAAAUAAAAAAUCUGUAUUAUUAGAAGAAUGUCAAAAAAAAUCAUCUACAAGUUUAUCCUCUGAUCAAUCUGAUACAGGAUCUUGUUCAACAAAUGAAAUUUCAAGAAGUUUUAUGGAAAUGUUAAUGACCGGAAAAAUUUUUUUUCAAUUAAGUAUUCAAUGUUAUAUUUUUAUACUUCUUAAUUUAACUUAUUGGGCAAUAUCAUUAUAUUCAACAGGUUUAAGUGAAGACCCAUAUAAAGGAUAUUUUCUUUCUGGUUUAGUUGAGUUACCUGGUGGUAUUUUAUCAUAUUUUCUUCUUAAAAAAUAUCCCCGGAAACCAAUAACAAUUGCUGGUUUAUGUGGUCAGGCAAUCUUUAUGACAGCAGCAAUAUUUUUUAUUGAUAAAUCAGUUGGUAGUAUUGUAUGUAUAUUAAUAGCUAAAUCAUUUAAUUGUAUCGUAUGGAAUUCUGUACCAUUAAUGGCAUCUGAAAUGGCACCAACAACAACAAGAAAUCGUUUUUAUGGUGUAUGUAGUUUUAUAGGAGAAUUUGGAUCAAUUAUAGCACCAUAUAUUGAAGAAGUUAAACAACUUCAUCAACAUGGUCCUGCUAUAAUGAUAUCAUUAAUGACAUGGAUUGCUAUUGGUGCAAUAAUGUGUGCACCAGAAACAAAAAAUAAACCUUUACCAAGAGAUUUUGAUGAUUUUGAUGAAGGUCCAUUAUUAAAAUUUUUAAAAAGAAAAAAAAAAGCAAAUUUAUCAACAUUAAAAAGUAAAGAAAGCAAUAUAGAAGAAAAUUCAAUGAUUCAAAUGAAUAACAAAAGAUCUUAA